AUGGCACCAAACGAAGCCUUAUACAGGAGGAAAUGUCGAGUGCCGUUGUGUUGGGGUCAGAUGGACCGAAAUGUGCCUGAAGGACCAGAUCUUAUCCAAGACUCUAUUGAUAGCUUGAGGGUAAUGCAAGAGAAUAUGAAGGCAGCACAAAGUAGACAGAAGAGUUAUGCAGACAACCGUCGCAGAGCUUUGCAAUUUGCUGAAGGUGACAAAGUAUUUCUAAAGAUUUCACCAACGAAAGGAGUCACACGCUUUGGGAUAAAAGGGAAAUUAAGCCCUAAAUUUAUCGGACCCUUUGAAAUUUUGAAAAGAGUAGGGGAGGUGGCAUACGAACUAGCUUUACCCCCGGGUUUAGCUAGAGUUCAUAAUGUAUUCCAUGUUUCUCAGUUGAGAAAGUAUAUCCACGAUCCAUCCCAUGUGUUAGUUCACGAACCCCUCCAAAUUGAUGAAAACCUAGCUUAUGAAGAAAGACCAAUUAGAAUUUUGGAUCGUCAAGUGAAAGAAUUGAGGAAUAAAAGAAUACCUCAAGUUAAAGUGCUAUGGUCGAACCAUCAUGUCGAAGAAACAACUUGGGAAAGUGAAACUGAUAUGAGAGAACGCUAUCCCCAGUUGUUCAUUUAGG